AGCGCCACGUCAGCGAAGCCGUCAUCCAAAACCACCAAGGGAGUCAAAUUGCACCGGUUUCAAUAGUUUGGGGGGUGAAGAUAUCCGGUUUUACGGUUUAGGGUCAUGAAUUAGAUUGGUCACUUUUGAGGGUCCUGAAGUGAACUUAUUCCCACUAAAAAAUCUCGAGAUAUUUCCGCGAUCCGGUAGGGCCCAGUCGCCCAGACGCCAACGCUUUUGUCCCUUCCUACCCCACCUCGCCGUCGCCGCGCGCUCCACCCCUCCUCUCCUCUCCUCUCCUCUCCUCUCUACGCAAGCGCAGCAAUACGGAUAAGCUCAGGCUUCCCGCCGCCGCCACUGCCACGAACAGUUCGCUCACCGCCUCACCGGAUCGCCGCCGCCGACCAACGCGCAGCGCGGGCGCCGCGUCCCCGAACAAUGGCGCUCAUAGCGCCGAGCCCCCGGGUGCUGCGCGCGCGCGAGGCGCCCGCCGCAGGCGCCCUGCAGCCACCCGCGGCUGCAUGCUCGACCGUCGCUGGCGGUGGCGGGGCGGCGGGGAGGCCGCUCGGGAUGUGGAGCGGUGGCGGGGGCGGGGGCGGGGGGAAGGGGAGGAGGAGGGAGAGAGGGGAUGGGAUGUUGAGGGCGGAGGCCUACUUCUGGGACGUGUCGAAGCCGGUGGAGAUGGAGGAGAUCGACUCCAUGGAGAAGCUCGACGACGCGCUCCGGUGGUCCGUCGAGAACAAGCAGCCCAUCAUCAUCGACUGGAUGGCUAGUUGGUGUCGGAAAUGCAUAUAUCUGAAGCCCAGACUGGAGAAGAUAGCAGGAGAAUUUCCAGGAGUCAGGUUCUACUUUGUCGAUGUCAACAAAGUUCCACAGACUGUGGUGAAAAGAGGGAAUAUAACUAAAAUGCCCACUAUCCAGUUAUGGAAGGAUGGAGAAUGGGCAGCGGAAGUGAUAGGAGGCCAUAAAGCAUGGCUUGUGAUGGAUGAGGUUAGGGAAAUGAUCCAGAAGCACAAGUGACUAACUACCUAAAUCAAGCAAUUGAUAUAUACUGUAAAUAGAGAUUUGAGAUGAUCUCUUCAGAUAUUAAGUUGUAACGAGAUCAAUAAUUAAAGCAAUAUUCUCUAAUAUAUUGACGUGCAAUUCUUUUGUGCGUUCGCGAAAAAAAAAUAAAGCAAUAUUCCAGCUCCUA